AUGACCGUCGCCAACGCAGCCUCCGCCGACCAACCCCUUUUCUCCACGACUCUUAUCUCCCCCUCCGUCUCCACCGCCCUGCCCGAGGGCUACAAGAUCCGCCCUGUGCAGCGCUCAGAUUUCCACCGCGGGUACCUUGACGUCCUGCGCGUUCUGACUACGGUCGGCGAAAUCAGCGAAGAGGCCUGGAACAAGCGGUAUGACUGGAUCUCGGCCCGCAAUGACGAGUACUACCUUCUUGUGAUCGUGGACGAGCAGGAGAAGAUCGUUGCUACAGGCAGCCUGAUUGUCGAGCGCAAGUUCAUUCACUCGCUGGGGAUGGUCGGUCACAUUGAGGAUAUUGCAGUUGAGAAGGGGCAGCAGGGGAAGAAGCUUGGUUUGAGGGUUAUCCAGGCGUUGGAUUUCGUGGCUGAGAAGGUUGGAUGCUAUAAGACUAUCCUUGACUGCUCCGAGGCGAACGAAGGCUUCUACUUGAAGUGUGGGUUCAAAAGGGCUGGACUAGAGAUGGCCCAUUACUAUUAG